AUGGGCUCAAUCCCAUUUUGCACCCUUCUUUGUUGCUUUAUUGGCAUCGCAACAGCCAAUAUAUUUGAGUAUCAGACAGAUUCCCAACCAUUACGUCCAUGCGAACUCCAGAGGGAGAAAGCUUUUUCAGGAGGAGAAACCUAUGUUCCUCAGUGCUCAGAAGAUGGCCAGUUCAGGACAGUUCAGUGCAGUAGGAAUGGUCUUUCCUGUUGGUGUGUGGAUGAGAAUGGCAUUGAAGUACCUGGCAGCAAACAGAACGGCUAUCCCAUAUCUUGCUUAUCCUUUUGCCAGCUGCAAAAGCAGAGAAUCUUGGUGAGUCGAUACAUCAACAGCAGCAGCAUCUCCUAUGUCCCUCAGUGCCUGGAUUCAGGAGCUUUUGAUGUGGUGCAGUGCGACACAGAGCUGGGUCAGUGCUGGUGUGUAGAUCCAGAAGGAAUGGAGAUUUAUGGCACCAGGCAGAGGGGAAAGCCAGUGCGGUGUCCGGGAAAUUGUGAGAUCCGAGACCGUCGCAUUCUGCAUGGGUUUGGGGAGAAGAGCCCACCCCAGUGCUCAGCAGACGGAGAGUUUCUGCCUGUCCAGUGCAAGUUUGUCAACACUACAGACAUGAUGUUUUUUGAUCUUGUUCAUAAUUAUAACAGGCUCCCGAGGGCUUUCCAAACGUUCAGCUCCUUGCGGGAGGCAUUCCCGGAGGUCUCUGGGUACUGUUAUUGCGUGGACAGCCUGGGGAGAGAGUUAGCAGACACUGGCUUGGAACUGCUGCUCGAUGAAGUUUACGACACAAUUUUCUCUGCGCUGGAGCCUGCCCGCAUAUUCAUGGAGACCAGCAUCUAUCGCAUCCUGCAGAGGCGGUUUCUGGGGGUGCAGCUGGCUACGUCUGGCACGUUCAGGUGCCCUUCAAAGUGCGAGGUUGAGCGGUUCGCAGCCCUGCGUUACCAGCACGCCUACGUGCCGUCUUGUGAUGCCGACGGGGGCUACGCGCCACUGCAGUGUCAGCAGGGGGGACAGUGCUGGUGUGUGGACACCAAAGGGCAAGAGGUCCAGGGUACAAAGAGACGAGGGCAGCCCCUGGCCUGCGGUGAAGAACAAGAGUGCAUCUCCGAGAGACGACGGGCCUUGUCGAGGAUCUUUUAUGGCCCUGCUGGGUACUUCAGUCAGUCCAAUUUGUUUUCCACGCCAGAUGUGCAAUCAGAGAAAACAGCUGGCUUCUCAAGACCCUGCCCUCCCUCCUUCAAGGAGAUGUUUCUGGACUCCGGAUUGUCGUCCCCAGUUGCACAAAGCCCAUAUGCCAGCCAGAUUCCCAGGCUGGAAACCACCCUUAGUGAAGUCAUAACGGGGAUGUUCCCGUCAAGGGAACUGGCUCAAGUGGCACUGCAAUUUACUGCCAAUCCAAAGCGUUUCCAAGAAAACCUCUUUGGAGGAAGGUUCUUGAAGAAUUUGAUCCAGUUUAACUUCACAGGGGCACUGGGCACUAGUGGGAAAUACAGCAUUGGCCAGUUUUUCCCACAGGAGGAUGUGGCAGAGAGAGGUAACGGCCAAAGCCUUCUGGAAUCAGCUGAGGCAUUUUCUUUAGAGGUAUCAAAGGGGAGUUCUGUUUUAAGUAAACCUCUUGUAAGCAGCUUUGGUCAUACAGUAACUCUACAGGACAAUCAGAACAUGAUUAAAUUCCUCUCUUCUGUCCUGGAACUACCAGAGUUCUUUACUUUUCUUCAACAAGUGAUUUCUGUCCCCAAAAGUGUUGCUGAAGAUUUAGGUGAAGUGGUGAAGCUAGCACUGGGAUCCAAAGACUGUAGUGAGGAGCCAAAGGACCUGUUUGUUCCAACAUGCACCAAGGAGGGGAGGUAUGAGGAAGUUCAGUGCUAUGCGGGAGAGUGCUGGUGUUUGGACACUUCAGGUAAGCAAGUUCCAGGCUCAAGAGUUCAAGGCAAACGUCCAAGGUGUCCCACUGAAUGCGAGAAGCAAAGGAGAAACCUGCAAAAUGUGAAAAAAAGCCUCCCUGCAGGAUCAGAUCUUUUUAUUCCCUCUUGUACCAAGGAUGGAGACUUUCUGCCGCUCCAGUGUUAUGGGACGAAUUGCUUCUGUGUUGAUUUGAAUGGCAGGACUAUUCCAGGAAUAAAGGGAAAUCCUGGAAAGCCAUUGCAGUGCCCAAGUGCUUGCCAAGUUACAGCUGGUCAGGAGUUUCUGAAGGCUGUGAAGCUCCUGCUGUCAGACCCCAGUGCUCUAUCUCAGCUCUCCAGCAUCCACCUCCCGCAGUGUGAUGCUGAGGGGGCCUGGAGGCGGGUGCAGUGCAGUGGCCCUCCGGAGCCAGCCUUUGAGUGGUACGAAAGGUGGAUUGCGGAGAACAAUGACGGCAAACCUCUGCCCAUUGCUGAUCUAUUGAACAUCAUAACUGGAUAUAAAGAGGCAUCUUCCAAAGGCUUUUCAGCUUUCAUUAAAGCUUUGUAUGAGGCCGGGCACCAGAAUGUCUUCCCAGCAUUCACCACAUAUUCCUCCUUCACUGAUCUCCCACCUGAGGUGCUGGAAGGAAACGUGACCUAUGGAUCUGAGAACAUUUUGCUGGAUCCAUAUACAUUCUGGCAGCUUCUGGGUGAGCAGUUGGCCUAUUACCCAGGACCGUACACUGGUUUCAGCGCUCCAUUAAGCCACUUUGAGCUUCGUGAUUGUUGGUGUGUGGAUAGCAAAGGAAAAGAGCUGCAAGGAACAAAGGCAGAAGUGAACCAGGUCCCGGCAUGUCCUGGUAUAUGUGAAGGUGUUAAGCAAGAAGCCAUGACAUUUAUGGAGGAGGCAGAGCAGCUCAUCCUAGCAUCAAAUAGUUCCCACUUCCCUUUUGGAGAAAGUUUCUUGAUGGCAAGGGGGAUACAGCUCACAGACACUGAUCUCCUACGUUCUGCUCAGCCCUACGAGUCGAAGGUGGUGGUCUCUGAAAAGCUGUUAUCAGGCAGUGACUAUGCUCUCCAGCUGGCUGCAUGGUCAGUCUUGCAUUUCUACUGGCAGAGUCACUUUACUUCAAAACGUUCUGCUGGGGAAGCAACACAGCUGGGAUUUCUCCCUUACAUCCCACAGUGUGAUGGCCUGGGAAACUGGGAGCCAACUCAGUGCUAUGAGAGCACAGGUCAUUGCUGGUGUGUGGAUGAGAGAGGACGUUAUGUCAUGGAUUCCUUGGUCUCACGCUCAGCAGAACUUCCCAAAUGCCAGACAUCAUGUCAGCGAUCUCGAACCAAUGCCUUAAUUUCCAGCUGGAGACAGAGUGGUUCAAAGCUGGAUGCCUCUACAGCUGAUCUGUUCGUCCCCUACUGCCUUGAGACAGGAGAAUACGCCGUGCUGCAGAGAUCCGAUGCAGAUACUUGGUGUGUAAAUCCUGUGUCAGGAGAAGUGCUCCAGCGUGGCAGCAAAGAUUCGGAUGGCAAUCCCCAGUGUCCUAGUUUCUGUAAUAUGCUGAAGUCUAAGACUGAUUUACGAGAAGCUGGCAAAGGCUACAUCCCACAGUGUGAAGGGAACAACGGGACUUUCUCACCCGUGCAGUGCAGCCAGGACCAGGACAGCUGCUGGUGUGUGUUUGACAGUGGAGAAGAGGCACCAGGGACACGAGUACGCGGAGGAAGACCUGCGUGUGCACGUCCACAGUGUGCUCUGCCAUUCGGGGCCUCAUCUGCUCUCAACGGAGCUGUAUUUUGUGAAAAUGUUUCUGGGCAGCCUUCGAGCGUUCAGCAGUGCUGGCUGGUGUGUCGCCAGGGCUUCCACAGCGCCGCCUCCACCACGUCCUUCCAGUGUGAUGUGCAACGGCAUCGAUGGGUCUCGGCUGCCCCGCUCUACCAGGCCUGCCAGAAGCUCCAAUUAUUUCAGACAGUCCAAGCUCAAACACACUUUCAACUACUACUGCCUGCUGAGAAGACUUGUAGCUCUGACUACUCUGGAUUACUCCAGGCAUUCCAGAUAUUUAUUCUGGAUGAGUUGAAGGCUCAUGGUUUAUGUCACCUUCAGGUAAAUGCCUUUGGAAAUACUGCUUCGGUUUCUGCCUGUGAUGAUGCCACUGUCUAUGUUGAAUGCCUGAGCGUGGACCGCCUGGGGGUGAAUGUCACGUGGAGGGCUCAGAUGGAAAACAUCCCUGCAGCUUCACUCCCUGAUUUACAUGAUAUUGAAAAUGCAGUUGUUGGAGAAAAUCUGAUUGGAGCAUUUAUAAAAGAGAUUAAGGAUGGUGAUUUUCUGCUGUAUUUGGACUCCAAGCAAUUCCUAGCUGACUCUUUCAUUGAUUUUCUCCGGGAUGAAGAGUUUGAUCUGUCUCCGAGUGUGCAGCUAGGAUGUAGAAGUGGGUUUCGAAGAACUUCAUCUCCUGGGAAAGCAGUCCCAAAUUCACAAGGCUGUGUUGUUUGUCCUCCGGGCAGUCAUUUCCAGAAUGAUGAAUGCAUUCCCUGCCCUCUUGGCUACUAUCAGCAUCAGACAGGACGUUCCUCCUGUAUCAAGUGUCCUGUGGGCAAAACGACCAACUCCUAUGGGGCAUUCAGCGCUGAUCACUGUAUCACGUACUGUCAAAGCGGUGAGCAGGGUCUGCAGUGUGAUGAAGAUGGUCAGUAUAGGCCUUCCCAGCAAGACCCUGACACUGAGAAAUCCUUCUGCAUCGAUAGAUUGGGAGCAGCCCUGGACUGGACUGAAACAGACGAUCUCCUUACAGACUACCAGUGCCUAGUUCUUAGAAAAUUUGAGAGAGUUCCCACCUCCAGACUGAUUUAUGGGUCAGAAGAAGCUCAAAUACUUCAGUCUCAGUCAUCUGGGGGAGACCUGCAAAGUACAGCUUUUCAGUGUAUUUCAGGCUGUGAGAUGGAAGAAGCAUGUGGUUUUGCCACUGUAACUCCUGCUGGUGCUGAAGUUCUGUGUGAAUUAUACAGUGCUGCUGAAGUCAACUUCAACUGCACCACCUCUGGAUUGGUGCAAGGUGCUUUGGGGAACCCCGCUGCCACUGGUGUCAGUCGUCUCAGCUGCCUGCUUCAUGUCAGGAACCCAGCGGGAGAUGCAGGGAUGGUCUAUUUGAAGAGAGGACAAGAAUUCAACUCAUCUGGACACAAGAACUUUGAAAGGACCAGUUUUCAGAACGUGAUUUCUGGUGUGUAUCGCUCCAUGGUGCUCUCAGCAGCUGGUGCAUCUCUGACUGACACUCAGCUCUUCUGUCGUCAGGCUUGCAGCAUGGACUCUUGCUGUGACGGCUUCAUCUUGAGUCAGAUUGCACUUGAUGGAGGUACCAUUUUGUGUAGUUUGAUGAGCUACCCAGAUGUGCUGAUCUGCAAUGCAAAUGCGUGGAGUCCGAAACCAAUGUCUGCCAUGGAUGGAAUAUGUAAAGGUGUGAGCUAUGACGAAAAAGAGAAGAAGUUUUCCUUCACCCUGGGAGGACAAGUGUUCAGUGGAACUUCUCAGUUGGCAGAAGAGGCAGAGAGAAAUUUUACUACUGUUCAGCAAGUUUAUCUGUGGAAAGGCUCCGAUAUGGUCACCCGGCCUAGAUCCUCAGAGUGUGAUGCUACUGCUUUGAAGACUGAGAAUGAUCUAACGUUAUCAGGUAUUAUAGUAAGUGUGGACAAAGGAGGUUCCACAAAGGAUCUUUUCUACCUAAUGGACAAUAGCCAGAUACAGAGUGACCAGAACUAUUCUCUCCCUUACCAGCAGUAUUGGAUCUUCAGGCAAAAGUACUCAGCAGAGGAAGCUGUGCUUUGGUGUCUCACACGUUGUGCAGAAGAAGAUGAGUUUUGUCGAAUGGCAGAUCUUCAAAACACUGCAGAUAAAUACUCUGUGUGUACCCUCUAUCCAGAGGCACAGAUUUGUGAUGGCAGCAUCGAUGAAAUGCCAGAAAGCUGUCGAACCGUGCUACCCUGGCCACCACAGACAUUGUAUCGUAAAAUAGUCACUCUAAAAGGUUCUGUGAAGAGCUUCUACACACGUGUGCCAUUCCAGAAAGUAACUGAGAUCUCAGUGAGGAAUAAGACUGACAUGAGCAGAAAAACCGUUUCAGAUGGCUUUUUUGAGUGUGAGCGUUGGUGUGAUGCUGACCCCUGUUGCACAGGAUUUGGCUUUUUUAAUGAAUCCCAGUUAUCAGGUGGAAAGAUUGUGUGCCUGACUCUGAACAGCCUGGGAAUCCAGACAUGUGCUGAGGGAACAAGAAGUGCCUGGCAAGUUUCAAAUUGUAGCUCACCAGAUGCUGAAGUCAGAAUACACCCAUUUGGCUGGUAUCAAAAGCCUG